AAUGAUUCAAAUAUUCCUGUUAAGCUUCGCCGUCACCGUCGCUGUUGCGAAAAUGAGCCCCUUCAUAGUUGGAGGCAAUGAGGUUUCAAUUAAGAACUGGCCCUUUAUUGCCUUCGUACAAAUAACUGGCCCUAUUAAAGUUGCGGCGUGUGGGGGGUCUCUCAUCAGCUCGCAAACUGUGCUGACAGCAGCUCACUGUCUAGAUGAUUUCACCAAGAAAAAGAAAGUGAUAGGUGUAACAUUCAGGAUUUACAUGGGUCACGCAUCACUCGAGAAAUCUAAAUUGACGCGAAGUGUCGUGGACUACGAGUCACAUAAGGACUACUCGCCUGAUGAUGUGAACGUGAUAUGUGACAUCGCAGUAAUGUUCCUGUCGAGACCCGUGAAAUUCGGGUCCAAAGUGCAAAAGGUGAUAUUGCAGCCGAAGUUUAGUGCCAAAGUUGACAAGAAGUUGGCCGUGGCUGGGUGGGGUAAUGUAAGUAGAAUUGAUUAA